CUUACCAACUUUGUUGCACGAGAAGUUACGGAACUUCGAGAGAUACUCAUAACUAUUAAGGAAAAGAUUUUAACUGCCAAAUCUAAUCUUCAACCUAUUCAAGAAACCAUUCAUAAUAUUUCAUUUAAUCCAAAUAUUCAAGUUGAUUAUCAUGCUAUUCAAAAUGAUAUUCAAGAUGGUAUUCAAAGUAUUCAAAAUGAUAUUAGAACUAUUCAACAAAAUAUUCAACAAACUAUUCAAAGGAUUGAUCAAGUUUUUAAUCCUCAACAUAAUGAUUUUUUUCAAGAUAUUCAGACUGAAAUUCAAGAUAUUCAACUUGGUCUUCAAGAAAUUUAUAAUGGACUUGAAAAUUUUCAUAAUGAAUUAUCUGAACUUAACCAAAGUAUGUAUAGGGGUGACUUUUUUUUUUUAAUUAAUUUGAUUAUGAUGUACUACCAAAACUACUUUUUUAUUAUGAUGAGUAACCAUAUAAAU